GCCGCUUCGUGUCUUCGCCGCGGUGGAGAUAUAAGAUGCGGAGCAGCCGCGGAACCGGAGCCCGUGACCCAGAUCAGCCCAGAACCAGAGCCAGACUAGCUGAAUCCUCCGGCCCGGCGUGGCUCGGCUCACAGAAAGCAUGACAGCUGAAGCAGCGGCGGCGGAGGACAGAGCGACAGAGACAGACUGCAGCCGCUGAGAGAGGCAGCUAGCCCGGCAGCUAACAGCGCGAUGGCUGCGGAGGGAAGCGGCACGAUCCGCAGCCGCAUCAAGAACCUGCUGCGCUCCCCGUCCAUCAAACUGAGGAGGAGGAGCGGCACCGCGCGGCACAAAGAGGACCUGAGCGACAAGGUGACCUUGGAGAAGGUUCUCGGGAUCACGGCCCCAGGGAACCGAGCGCUGGCCUGCGACCCCCGAACUGGACUAUUGGCUUAUCCUGCUGGGUGUGUCGUCGUCCUGUUGAAUCCCCGGAAGAACAAACAGCAUCACAUCUUCAACAGCUCGAGGAAGGCGCUCACCACAUUAGCAUUUUCUCCAGAUGGGAAAUAUAUCGUCACAGGAGAGAGCGGUCACAUGCCGGCGGUUCGAGUCUGGGAGGUGUCGGAGCGUCUGCAGGUCGCCGAGCUGCACGAACACAAGUACGGAGUCGCCUGCGUGGCGUUUUCUCCCAACGGGAAAUACAUCGUCAGCGUGGGUUACCAACACGACAUGAUGGUCAACGUCUGGAACUGGAAGAAAAACAUCGUGGUUGCAGCCAAUAAGGUGUCCAGCAAGGUGACAGCCGUCUCCUUCUCAGACGACAGCUCGUACUUCGUUACCGCUGGCAACCGCCACGUCAAGUUCUGGUACCUGGACCACGCCAAGACUUCCAAGGUGAACGCCACUGUCCCUCUGCUGGGGCGUUCAGGGCUGCUGGGAGAGCUCAGGAAUAAUUUCUUCAGUGAUGUGGCGUGUGGGCGGGGUCGACAGGCCUCCUCCACUUUCUGCAUCACUUCCUCCGGUCUGCUGUGUGAGUUCAACGACCGGCGGCUCCUCGACAAGUGGGUCGAGCUGCGGACGUCUCAGGCCACCUGUCUGUCCGUCACAGACGAGCUGAUCUUCUGUGGUUGCUCUGACGGGACAGUUAGAGCUUUCAGCCCCGUCAGCCUGCACUUCCUGUGCACUCUGCCCCGCCCACACUUUCUGGGAGCUGACAUCGCCAACAUGGUGGACGCCAGUCAGCUGUUCUCCUGCAGGUCAGAGGCUCGUUACCCCGACACCGUGGCGGUGACCUACGACCCCGCCAACCGCUGGCUGUCGUGCGUCUACAAUGACCACAGUGUUUACGUGUGGGACGUCCGAGACCUCCGCGACCCCCGCAGGGCGGGAAAACUGUACUCUGCCCUCUACCACUCCUCCUGUGUGUGGAGCCUGGAGGUGAACCCAGAGGGCGGAGGAGGCAGAGGAUGUGGAGGAGGAGAGAAGGUGCACCUCACCCCUGGAUCUUUCCUGUCCUGCUCCUCAGACAACACCAUCCGACUGUGGAACAUCGACGGCCACAACGUUGUGAACAGGAACAUCCUGAGCCACGACCUGCAGAAAGUUAUUUAUGUGGAGGACAACAUCACCAGCCUGCUGGAUACGGAGAGCGUCGCCGGGGGCAACACAGAGAAGGCGGGGUCAUCGGGCUCAGAGGGGCAGCAAACUGACCAAAGCCGAGCGGGCAUUAGGACCCUGAGAGUCAGUCCUGAUGGACAGCACCUGGCCUCUGGAGACCGCAUGGGAGUCCUCAGGAUCCAUGAUCUGGACAGUAUGGAGGAGAUCAUGAACGUUCAGGCUCACGACUCUGAGAUCCUCUGCCUCGAGUUCUCCAAACCAGAUACAGGUCUUCAGUUAUUAGCCACGGCCAGUCGGGAUCGUCUGAUCCACGUCCUGGAUGCGGGCAGAGAGUACAGUCUGGUCCAGACUCUGGAUGAACACUCAUCGUCCAUCACUGCCGUCCGAUUCGCUGCCAAUGAGGGGAAGGUGAGGAUGAUCAGCUGCGGAGCAGACAAGAGCGUCUACUUCCGUACCGCUCAGCAGACGGAGGAGGGGUUGGAGUUCACACGGACUCAUCAUGUUGUGAGGAAGACAACUCUCUACGACAUGGACAUCGAACCAACCAGGAAGUACGCAGCAGUGGGCUGUCAGGACCGCAGCAUCAGGAUCUUUAACAUCAGUAAUGGCAAACAGAAGAAGUUGUAUAAAGGCUCUCAGGGGGAGGAUGGAACUCUGAUCAAGGUGCAGAUCGACCCGUCGGGCCUCUACAUCGCCACCUCCUGUUCGGAUAAGAACAUCAGUAUAUUUGACUUCUACUCUGGAGAAUGUGUGGCCACCAUGUUCGGACACUCUGAGAUAGUAACCGGUCUGAAGUUCAGCAGUGACUGCAGACAUCUGAUCACAGUCUCUGGAGACAGCUGUAUCUUCGUGUGGCGUCUCAGUCCAGAAUUGACCAUCAGGAUGAGGCAACGACUCGCUGACCUCCGACCUCUCAGCAGCAUGCAGAACUCCCAGAAUGCACCUCAGCAGAAAGUGGUCAACCUCAGCAACAGGGAGGCGUCGACUCCUCGGGUCGUCACCAUGUCAUCUGACAGUGACAAGGAGGAGGAAGAGGAGGAGGAAGAAGAGCUGUGCUGUCCUUAUAUGGUCACUGCAGGAAGCCUGAAGGAGGAGACAGAAACUCCGGACGACGAGCCGAGCUGCGCGGACGCCGACGGCAGCAGCAAGGACGUGUUGGGGGCUCGACCCCCUCGCCGGCGCUGGUCCAGGAGGACGGGCGGCGCAGAGGACGGCGCCCUGAUGGUGAAGUCCAUGCUGGACCUCAGACUGUUGGAUUCGUACCGUCCUGACAGACGGGAGGAGCGGCAGGAGGAGCGGCAGGAGGAGCGGCAGGAGGUGAAGCCCCGCCCCCUCAAUGGUAAAACCUCAGCCUGCAGCCUGAGCGGGAAGGGCCCGAACAUGGAGGGGGUGCUUCACAGGACCAAUCAGGAGCUGGGAAGCACAGUCAGCCUGCAGGUCACCACUGCAUGGGCGAAAGACGAUGAGACGAGGACCAAUCACAGCCCAGACAGGGAGGAUCUAGUGCUGUAUCCUGACCAAUGGGCAGACAGAGUGAGCCUGGCAGAAAGUGAGUUCCAGGUGAGGGAGGCGGGUCCAGCUGCUGCAGGUGGACAUCAGGACAAACCCAGUCCAGACAGUGGCUGCUCACUGGGAUUCAAUUCCAGCCUGUCCAGUCCGGUCAGACCUGCAGGAGACGACACAGAGCCUCUCAGUGUGGAUGGAAACUCCUCAGAACUGGAGGACGAUGAAGACGAGGCAGGAAGAGGAGAGGUCAGGGCCUCGCAGCUCGUCCCUCAGACUCCGGACCAGGAGGCUUUCCUGAAGGAGCACUUCGUCACGCUGGCUGACCUCUCAGGCUCAGGGAGUCCAAGCAGAGCGUCUCACAGCUCCAGUGAGAGUCUCAGCAUUUCCUCCAGGUUCCUGUCGCAGAAUUCAGCUGGAAGUCGGACCGUGCUUCCUCUCCCGUCUCGGAACACCGAGGGAGGGGUAGGAGGUGGGGAGGUGAAGGCCCGCCCUCUGGUCUCAGAGGUCCGACCUCUGAUGGAACAGAACAUGAACCGGACCCAGGACAGGAGAGUGUCGUGGAACCCGGACCCAACCCAGAAACAGAACCAGGAGCAGACCCCCUCACUUCAAGACCAGCUACAGUCCCAGGCUAAGACCAACCAGGACCAAACACAGCCCUCUGAGGUUGUGAACCAGGGUACAGAUCAGCUCCAGGUAGAAGAGAAGGAGAUCUCCUCGGCUCAGCAGUCCCACCGGCCAUCCCCACUGAAGAAGAAGGUCCAAACCACAGUUGAGUCCAGGAGGAACCUGGGCCCAAUGGCUCGGGCUGCAGCCUCCCAUCUGAACUCCUCUGGACUACGAAAGGCUCAGUCAGUCCAGAACCUGCUGACCGAAACAGGUGACUCCUUGCUCUCUCGUUCGUCCAGAGAGACCUCCCCCCAGCUGCUGCCCCCCCCCCAGCGUCCCACCACCCUCCCCUCUUCCCCCAGACGCCCCCCAUGUACAGCCCCAUCCCUUCAGAGACCCAGCCCCGCCUCUCCCAGGUCCCCCCAGCAGGAAACGGUUGCCGUCACCUCCUCUGCAGCUGCUGCUGCUCCUUCUGCUGUCACCCCAAGGAAGUCCUCCUCCUCCUCCUCCUCCUCCACCACUCCAUCGGCGCCACGCUCAUACAUGAGCCCCACGGCCAGCUCCAUGGCCAAGAUGUCACGCUCCAUCUCCGUGGGCGACGGCCUCAACAUCUCUGAACCAAGCGAAGAUCCCGCAGUGACAUCAUCACCAUCGACAGUGGACACAGUAACCUCCUCCUCUCAGGUCAAAGAGACUCCGCCUCCUCUUGUUGCCGUGGUGCCCGCCAACGCAGCUCUGGCCGUGCCCCCCCACGCCGCUGUUGUGCCCGUCGUCGUUGCCUCCUCCUCGUCUUCUUCUGCAGGUAACCACGGGAACCAGGCAGCCCCUUCCCCCCGUGGUCUCCAGGCUCGGGUCCCUGGCAGGCCGCUCCCUGACAAGCCCUCCCUCGCCUCCUUCUCGUCAUCGCCCUCAUCCUCGUCUUCCUCAUCGCGGCCUCCUCCGGUCUCUGUUUCCCCUCUGACUCCCCCCCAACAGGAGGAGGAACGUCAGACUGCUGCAGAGCAGAGGGACAACGCAGACCAGCCAAUCAGUGUGGAGACCUGCAGAGCUCUGACCAAUGAGCUGCAGAGCUGCUUCAAGAGAGCAACUCACCUGUACAGAAAGGUGAGCGGCUCCUCCUCUGAUGACUCCGCCCCCGACCAGCGUCAGAUGGCCGUCGUCCUAUCAGAGGCCUUCCGGGCCAUGAGGGCGGAGCUGGACUGUUUGCCGCUCAGCGCGCCGAGCAUUGUGGGAGUGGAGGGGGGGUUGGGAGGAGUGGGGGAGGUGAAGACGGCGGCUCUGCUGGAGGAGUACUCUCUGCUCCUGCUGCAGGCCGUUCACAGGAGGAUCAACACACACGACACCGAGUAGACUGAACACCUCCUCCUGCUGCUCCUCCACCUCCAGGCUUUACUCCUCCUCCUUCAACCUUUACUCCUCCACCUCCAGGUUCUACUCCUCCUUCAACCUUUACUCCUCCACCUUCAACCUUUACUCCUCCACCUCCAACCUUUACUCCUCCACCUCCAGGUUCUACUCCUCCUUCAACCUUUACUCCUCCACCUCCAGGCUUUACUCCUCCACCUCCAGGCUUUACUCCACCUCCAGGCUUUACUCCUCCACCUCCAGGCUUUACUCCUCCUCCUUCAACCUUUACUCCUCCACCUCCAGGUUCUACUCCUCCUCCAACCUUUACUCCUCCACCUUCAACCUUUACUCCUCCUCCUCUUUCUUGUCCUCUCGGUCCAAAUCCUCCAUCCUCUUGUCAUCUUUCUCCCCCCACUCUUCAUCCAUCCUUUCUUCUCUUCUUACUCUAUUUUACAUCUCUUCUUCACCUCCUCCUCCUCUUCACAGAUGAAGGAUCUGAAGCCAUUUUGAUUUUGAUUCUGGACUUUUAUUCCUUGUUUUUAUUCUUAUGCAAGAAUCUGUUCGGUCUUAAUGAACGAGUUUUUAGAAGCUGAAGCGAUGAACCUUUUCAUCAGCGUGUUUUUUAAAGACGUUUUUCUGCCGAUUUUUCCGUUUACAUUCCCUGAAGAACGGAUCAUUCCCUGAAGAACGGAUCAUUUGGAUCAUUGAUCUUUGAUUAGUGUUGUAGGAACGUUAACGUUAGACUGUAGAAAGGUUUUAAAGGAGCAAACAGCAAUAUGAGACGUUUCCUUUGAGUUCACCUCGAUGUGACUUCCUGCAGCAGAACGUCGCGAUGCGUUCAGGUGACUUUCAGUUUGUGAUGGACACUUUGUAUUUAUUUACUGUUACAGUUUAACUACUGACCGACUGCUCUUCACCUGAACCAGACUUUCACACUGACGCCAUGUUUUUUCUAAAAUCAUGGACUUAAAGUCUGACAGGCGACGUUCGUUUUUAUAGUCGUCGUUAGAGAAUCGGUUUUAGGGGAUCGGUGGGUUUGGGGUUUCUAACAGUUUGUUGUAAUACUGACUUUCUUCAAACCAACAGGUCAAAGUUUAGUUUGAAAUGUUUUCAUGUUUUUUGUCAAAAUUGAAAAAAAGUUUGAGACUUAUUUUGAGUUUUUACAGGAACUCUGUUCUCAGAAGCUGAUUGGUCGGCUGUUUGAUGAGUUUUCUUUUACUGCUUUGAGAAAUAAAACAUUAAC